GAAGCUGCCACGCAGCUGGCUGGGAAAAAGGGAGAGGGUUCCUGCUGGGAGGGGAAACGAGAAGGGUGGCGUCUCUGAGGGAUUUAACCUCCUACCUUCGGUUCCACGACGCCACCCCCUCCCUCCAAAGACUGGGACGGCGCCUCCAUUUUUGUUUUGGGGCGGAAGGGCAGGGGCUGGUGGAUAGAAGGGGUCAAAGAAAACGGCGGUUAUCACCCGAGAGGGGGAAGGGGGUGCUGUCCUCCUUCCCUUCCCCUCAGUCUGCACCCCCUGCAAACUGCCCCCACCUUCUCGGGGUCUCCCCCGCCUUGUUGCUAAGGCCCAGACCGUCAUCCCAGCAACAGCCUCAGUCAUGUGACCGGCAAUGGCGGCGCUGACGGGAGGGGCUGCUGCCACUUUGUUCGCAUUCCAAACAGACUUCCGCAGAAGAGACUGGGUUCGCUCUCAAGGAAGGUUCCCUAGCAGUAGGGGCUGAAUUAUUUGGGAAUGUGGAGCAGAGCGAGGAGUUGGGGAGCAUAGGAGAUAUUCUUGUCCAUGUGAUCUGAGGGAGGUGGCAAGAAAGACCUCCAUCUGUGUGGGUCUUUCUCUUCCUGACUUCUCUUAUCUGUGCCCUAGGCUUUCUGGAGAGCCUCAGAGCUGGGGGAGAAAAGAGGAAAGUUAGCAUGUUCAAGUUCCUUCUUUAGCAACUAGGAGAGAGGCUGGGGAUGGAAUUCUGCAGGAGAGAAGGAGAGGAAGUGGAAGAGGAGUUUUUGUUUUGUUACUAGACUGGCUGGGGAAAACUGGUAACAUUUGUCAUCAUAACCCUUUACCUUGCCCCUUCCCCCGCAGCCCUGGUCAGCUGAGUGUGGAAAGUGAGGGACUGCUGCUGCUAUCAUCGUCCAUGGGCUUUCCAGGUCACACAACCUACAAGUAGGGCGCAGGGACACAGAGAGAGAGCCUGCAUGCCAGUUCUAAGCUCUUCAGGAUCAAAUGUCGUUCGUCCUGUCCAGAAUGGCAGCCUGUGGAGGCACCUGCAAGAACAAAGUGACUGUCUCCAAGCCUGUGUGGGACUUCCUGAGCAAGGAGACCCCAGCCCGGCUGGCCCGGCUUCGGGAGGAGCACCGUGUGUCCAUCCUCAUAGAUGGCGAGACUUCUGACAUCUAUGUUCUCCAGCUUUCCCCACAGGGCCCGCCCCCAGCCCCUCCCAAUGGGCUCUACCUGGCCCGGAAGGCUCUCAAGGGGCUGCUAAAAGAGGCCGAGAAAGAGCUGAAGAAAGCUCAGAGGCAGGGGGAGCUUAUGGGCUGCCUGGCUUUGGGGGGUGGGGGGGAACACCCCGAGUUGCACCGCCCAGGCCCACCCCCUCUCCGAGCAGCCCCGCUCCUGCCCCCAGGGGCUCGGGGACUCCCCCCACCUCCUCCUCCUCUGCCCCCUCCUCUUCCUCCUCGGCUUCGGGAGGAGGCAGAAGAGCAGGAGAGCACCUGCCCCAUCUGUCUGGGGGAGAUCCAGAAUGCCAAGACCUUGGAGAAGUGCCGGCACUCAUUCUGCGAGGGCUGCAUCACCCGGGCCCUGCAGGUGAAGAAGGCCUGCCCCAUGUGCGGCCGCUUCUAUGGGCAGCUGGUGGGUAACCAGCCCCAGAAUGGGCGGAUGCUGGUCUCUAAGGACGCCACACUCCUGCUGCCCAGCUAUGAGAAGUACGGCACCAUCGUCAUCCAGUACGUCUUCCCGCCCGGUGUCCAGGGGGCUGAACACCCAAACCCAGGAGUUCGGUAUCCUGGCACCACACGGGUGGCCUACCUCCCGGACUGCCCCGAGGGCAACAAGGUGCUGACCCUGUUCCGCAAGGCGUUUGACCAGCGUCUCACCUUCACUAUCGGCACGUCCAUGACCACAGGGAGACCGAACGUCAUCACCUGGAACGAUAUCCACCACAAGACCAGCUGCACAGGGGGACCCCAGCUGUUUGGGUACCCGGACCCCACCUACCUGACCCGGGUGCAAGAGGAGCUGAGAGCCAAGGGUAUCACAGAUGACUGAAGGACGUCCACUUUGCAAGGCCCCUGCCGUACUCCACUAGGACCCAACGGAAGCCUCUGUACUCCUCUCUCCCUCUGCCCCCCACACCACACUAAUGGGGACCUGUCUGACUGGGGAAGGAGUUCAGAGAGGGAAGGGGCAGUCCCUUCCCCUGUCCCCCACAGGCCAAGUGCUUCAGUGCAGUGUGAGCCACUCCCUUCUGGCAGGGCUGACCUCCCAGGCCCUGCUCCCCUUCUCCCCUGUACAUACUCCCAGUUGCCCUGGCCCUCUCUUGCCCUUGGCUUUUUCGGGUUUGUGCUGUGCUCCAGUGACUAAGCUGAGAAAGGACCUGGGUGGGGAGGGCAGGGCCUCUUGAACACCCCUGCCCUCACACACUUUUCUUCCUGAGCCUCUGGGUUAGGGGAAUGGGGCUGCUCUGAGCCCCCAUGGAGCCGGCUGUGUGUCUUCUUCAGAAACAGUUCCCCUUCUACCUUAACCUUGUCCUUUCUCUCCUGUGUCUCUGUCUCUGUCAGUCUGUCUGUCUCCCGCUCUUCUCUGCCCCCUAUAAGGAGCCUCCUUACCCUGUUCUGGAAUCGCCGCCAGACUGUAGCUUUUAAUUUAAUAAAAAUAAAGUAAAAUAUGCAACUCUCUA